GUAGAAUUUAGGCAAGAAAUGAAUCAGCACCGCCACCACACAAAAUUCAUCACAUAAAUUCCCAAAUUUCAGGCAAAUCUCCCACUUCUCCAUCAUAUUACAUAUUUACAUAUUUAAUCAUUCCUUCCUCCACACAAACAACACACAUUCCUCCUCAAAAAAAAUGCCCGUCGUUCUUCUUCAGUACAUCCUCCUCCUGGCCACGGCCGCCGCCGUGGAGUCGAUCGGCGUGAACUACGGCACCCUGGGCGACAACCUCCCCCCGCCGGCCCAGGUGGCGCAGUUCCUGAAGGAGAAGACGAGCAUCGACCGCGUGAAGAUCUUCGACGCGAACCCCGACAUCCUCCGCGCCUUCGCCAACACCGGCAUCCUGGUCGCCAUCACCGUCCCCAACGGCGAAAUCCCCGCGGUGGCUGACCCGAAAGAAGCCCGGCGGUGGGUGUCGGAGCACAUCAAGCCGUUCUACCCGGACACGCACAUCAACUACCUGAUCGUCGGGAACGAGGUCCUCCACUGGGGCCCACAGAACCUGAUCGACAACCUGGUGGGGGCCAUGAGAUCCCUCCACAACGCCCUCCAGCAGGAAGGCAUGAGCGACAUCGCCGUCACCACCGCCCACUCCCUGGCCAUCCUGGAGCCCUCCGACACCCCCAGCCUGGCCCGCUUCCGGCCCGGGUGGGACGUGGGGGUGAUCGCGCCCAUACUGGCCUUCCACCGCGAGACCAAGACGCCCUUCAUGGUCAACCCCUACCCCUACUUCACCUACACGCCGGAGAAGUACGACAUCAACAUGGCUGUGUUCCGCCCCAACAAGGGCCUCAGGGACAGGUACACGCGGCGCUCCUACGGGAACCUCUUCGAUUUCCUGCUGGACUCCGUCUACAUGGCCAUGAAGAGGCUGCGCCUCGAUGACGUGGAGAUAGUGGUGGGGGAGACGGGGUGGGCGUCGCAGGGGGAGGCCUUCGAGCAGACCAAGUGCUCCGUGCCCAACGCCGCCUCCUACAACGGUGGCUUGGUCAGCCAUUUCGAGUCCGGGAGGGGGACGCCGCUCAUGCCAAGGAGGAGGUUUGCCACCUACAUUUUUGCUCUCUUCAAUGAGAAUCAGAAAACGGGCUCGCUUGCCGAGAGGAAUUUCGGGCUUUUCAGGCCCGAUUUUACCCCCGUCUACGACGUUGGGAUCAUGCGGCCCGGCACAGCUGCAUCUACUCCUCAUCAUAAGAAUGAGAAUGUCCCGACGGCGACAGUUAGCGUGGGCAAGAAGUGGUGCGUGCCAAAAUCAGACGCGAGCGACGUGGCGCUGCAGAACAGCAUUAACUACGUGUGCAGCCAAGGCAUCGACUGCGCGCCCAUUCAACCCGGCGGCGCGUGCUUCACACCCAACACCCUCAAGGCUCACGCCUCCUACCUUAUGAAUGCUUACUAUCACGCUAAAGGCCUCUAUGAUUACAACUGUGACUUCUCUGCCUCCGCCCUCAUCAUCUCUACCGAUCCCAGUACCGCAUCUUGCCAAUACGUUGCUUGAAAGUAGACCCAUUUUUGUGGACUGAGUUUCUAAACUUAUUAGCUAGGUAUUUAUACCGGGAGAUGAACUCAAUCAAAGAAAAAGUAAGUAUAUGAUUGAAUUAUUGAAUCGUAACAUAUCGUUGUAAUAAGAGGCGGCCAGAGCCAUGCUAGGCUACCGCACUUUAGAUCUAGCACAUUCGCCUUCCUGUACUUUCAUUUUUAUUUUUAUUUUAGGUUUAGUUUUGUAUUCUUUUAUAAUUAUUACUUACAAUUUAUUCCAUUAGAUUAGAAUGUAUAAUUAUUUUUGUAUAAUUUAAUUUUACUUUUAUUGUUUAAA